CAGGGCCUCGCGACACCCGGCGGCGCUUUGCGGCGCUGCGCGGCCCCGGCGCUUUACGGCAGCGCGGCCUGGGGCGCGGCGGGCGGAGCGCCAUGAACUUUUACGACGCGUUUCGCGGCUUCUUCGGGUUCCCGGGGCGGCACAGGCCCCGGGACCCGCUCUUUGGCAGCACGGCGUGGGAUGAGGAGGAAGAGGAGGAUGACGGCCCGUCCCUGCCACAGCCCCCUCAGGACUUCGGCUUCGGCUUCGGCUUCAGACCCGGCGGGUCCCGCGGCGCCUUCGAGGAGCUGUUCCGGGAUGUGGGCGAGCUCCUGGGCGUCUUCGGGGGGUCCUGGGCUGGGCCCCCACAGCCCUUCGAGCGGCCCCUGCCUGGCCCUGGCGAGGGCAGCACGGGGCAGCCGCUGCGGGACUCCAUGCUGAAGCACCCGGACAGCCCCGCUCCCAGCGCAUCCCCGGGAGACCCUGAGCACGGCAGCGACCCAGCCCGGCCCUGGAGACCCUUCCUGGGGCUGGAAGACGCUCACCCACCUCCUCCUGGCCUCAAGGAAGACCAAGACCUGGACUCCCAGGUGUCCUCUGCGGGGUUGGGGACUAUCCUGAGACCUGAUGAGCCCAAGUCCCACUCUUACUUCCAGAGUGUCUCCAUCACCAAAGUGACUCUCCCUGAUGGGGCAGUGGAGGAGCGCCGGACCGUGCAGGACAGCCAGGGCUGCUGGGAGACGACGGUGACGCGCCGGAGGGGGGACCAGGCUUUCAUCACCACCACCAAAGAGGAUGGGCAGAGCAAGGACUACCGGGAGGAGGUGGUCAACAUGGAUGACCGGGAGCUGGCACAGUUUGCAGGCACAUGGCCAUGGCAGGAUGAGUUCCGCCCUCCCAACCUGAGCGACCCUUCGUCCACCCUGGGCAGCUUCUUCCGACGCUGGUUCUCGAGCUGGUAGCUGUGCCCCACGACUAAGCGCCCUAUGGGUCAGAUCCCACUGGGAGCUGGCGUCUGGGCUGGGGGGCUGCCCACCUUCUGGAGUGCUGUGGAGCUGCAGGGACCCCUGUGGGGGUCGAAUGUGUGUGUGUGCAUGUGUACAGAGCAAUAAAGUCUAUUUAUGCUAA